AUGAGGUUGUUGCUCACUAUAGUGUUAAUGUCGUACGCUGCAGAAGGUGCAAAAAAGUUUGAAGGGACGUUAAGGUCGGCAGUGGAUGCCCCCCCACAAGAUAAUCUUGCAAUAGAAUCUGCAACACCAGAACCAGCAGUGGUAGCUGCUCCUGAAGACUACAAAAAUCCUGGAGCUCUGGCGCCGCCAACAGACGCCGCUUCAGAAGAAGCAGUCGAUCCACCAGUAUCUGCACCAGAAACAGCCUCCGGAGGAGUUCCACCCUCAGCUCCUAGUGGAAUUUCUGCUCCUUCCGCACCCGCAAACUCGUUAGAAGAAUGCGAUCCUGAGAUGAUUGGAUUUGAACUUGUCACUGGGUACGUGUUUUCUGCGCCGUCUCACAUCCUAGACGAUAUCCCCGGCACACUUAUGCUGACCGACUGCCUAGAGCAGUGCCAGGCCAACGAUACUUGUCGCGCAGUCAACUAUGAGACUGGCCUCUGCGUUCUCUUUAGUUCUGACGCUGAUCAACUACCUGGUGCGUUGACGAAGUCGCAGUUUCCUGUGUUCACGAUUUACGCACAAAAAUCCUGUCUCGGCGUGCGGCCUUGUGAAAGGGCCUGGUGUUUUGACCGUGUACGUGGCUACCAUCUCAAAGGACGCGGCAAAAAGACACACACAGUCAGUUCCAGGCAGAUGUGUCUUGACCUCUGUCUCGGAGAAAACGAGUUUGUUUGCAGAUCCGCGAAUUACAACAACAAAACUGGAGAAUGCGUUUUGUCUAACAUGGACCGCAUUACUUUAGCAGGAACAAACUCCUUCCAACCAAACGAAGACACGGACUAUUUGGAGAACAACUGCGUUGAAGAACCAACAAAACUUUGCGAAUUCAAGAAAAUGGGUGGGCGCAUCCUAAAAACAGUGGACUCUGUGUAUCAAGAUGUUCAAACCAUUGAGGAAUGUCGUGAGCUUUGCCUGAACUCGCCUUUCCGUUGUCACUCAUACGAUCAUGGUGAUACCGGUGACCACGUAUGCCGUUUGUCUCAUCACUCUCGAGCUACUCUUGCUGAUAUUCAGGAUCCAUACUUAGAAGUCCCUGAAGCAGCUACUUAUGAGCUAUCGUCAUGUUACAAUGUAUCUAUUGACUGUCGAGCUGGAGAUAUGGUAGCUCGUAUACAAACCUCCAAGCUAUUCGACGGCAAGAUCUACGCUAAGGGUAGCCCUAACUCUUGUGUUGUUGAUGUUAACCAGAGUCUUGAAUUUGAAUUACACAUGGGAUAUAACAACAUUGAAUGUAAUGUUAAGCAAAAUGGACUUGGCAGAUACUUAAAUGAUGUAGUUAUUCAGCAUCAUGACACCAUCGUUACGUCGUCUGAUCUUGGUUUAGCCGUGACCUGCCAAUAUGAUUUAACUAACAAGACUGUAGCAAACGAGGUAGAUCUCGGUAUUCAUGGAGACAUCGUUACUGGUCUCUCAGAAGAGGUCAUUGUCGACUCACCCAACGUGGCCAUGCGCAUUACAGACAGAAAUGGCGACGACACUAUUGCAUCUGCAGAAGUUGGAGAUCCUUUGGCACUCCGUUUUGAAAUUAUGGACCCCAAUUCGCCAUUCGAGAUCUUUGUCCGCGAGCUUGUCGCUAUGGAUGGUGUUGAUUCGAGUGAGAUUACUCUAAUUGACAGCGAUGGUUGCCCCACCGAGCACUUUAUUAUGGGACCCGUGUCCAAAUCUGCCAACAGCGGAAAGAUGCUGUUGUCAAACUUCGAUGCCUUCAAAUUCCCGUCUUCAGAAGUUGUUCAGUUCCGUGCUUUGGUAACUCCGUGCAUGCCCACGUGUGAACCAGUGCAGUGUGAUGGUGGGCCGAACGAACUCCGCUCCGUCAUGUCUUACGGACGUAGGAAGAGACGUUCAACUCCUGCUGCACCCACCGAUGAUAUGCUCCUUGUGCAAACAAUUCAGAUCACCGACAAAUUUGGAUUCGACAAGCAGCGCGCCAAGAACGUCACCGAGGAUUCAGUUUACGUCAGAGAGACUGACGUCACUUGUGUCAACGCGGCAGGUGCUAUGCUCGCGGCAGCUGCGUUCCUAGCAGCCCAACUAGUCGUAUUAGCAGCGUGGACCUGCAGUUGGCAGCGACGACGUGCUGCCGCGAAAGCGGCUGAAUUACUCCCAGGUCCUAACGCUCCUUCUGCCCUUUGCAAAGUCUAUGAUGCCAAUUUUUCUCGUGCACAUCAGAGGCACUUCUAA